ACUUAAUACUCAAUUUUAUUUAUUGUUAAUUGUUCACAGUGCCUUAUUUAAAUAAUUAUUUCUUAUGUAACUUUUUUGUCGUAACUGAGAACAUACUAGAAAAAGUUAUCCAUCGUACACGUGCAAAUAUAAACGUAAAAUAGAUAAUAAUAAUAGGUAUAUUAAAUUAUUAUAAUAAGUUUACUUAAUCGUACAUAAUUAAUAUGACAUUGUAAUUUUAUGAAUUAUUUCGUCCUUUCGAAAAAUCGGAUUAAAGUAUUGGGGGGCGUGUAAAUCUCAUCUUUGAUAAGCGGAUUUAGAAAAACAAACAUGUUUUCCGCAUAUUACGCCUCACAAUAUCACUGGCAUGCGCGCAUUACAAGAAGCUGAAGGCCACUGGCGCGAUAAUAUUUGUGCGUGCACGCCGUUUUCGCAAAUUUGCAAAUGCGAAUAUAUUAUCUACAGUAGUGGAUAUACGGUUGAAAGUACCUCGUACGGGUUAGUAUUUUUUCGAGCAACUUGUUAAGCCUGACCUUGUGGUUUAAAUAAUACGCAACAGGCAUCGUAUGGCGCCAUCGGUCCUCUCUGCUAGUCGUAAAUACACGUCAUGACACACCCAUUCCUAGACUAAUAAGGUGGCUGUAUUUUGUUACGUCGCUAUUAUAUGCUGCUGAUAUAAUUUCAUCUGGUCGCAUGUCUUAAAUGUUAAUGAUCAGUUUUAUAUGCGCAUGUUUAAUAUCGAAGCUAAGUACCUCGUUCUAUUAAUAUACGCCAGACACACCUCCAAUUCAGUUGUGGACAAACAGCAAACUUUUAAAAUACCUUUAUAAAACUUCCUGUUUGAUACCGUAGUCAGAGUCAAGAUUAUAACUAAAACAAUUUUAUAGAUAAACUCGUACGUCAUUUUAAAUUACUUACGUUAUAUAAGUUUUUUUUUUUACUUUUAUCUCUCGAUUUAAUAUCGAUCGACCCAUACACGAACAAAAAUAUUUUUAAAUUCCUAAAUCAAAAUAUACCUAAAUCUCGUAAUUUCAGUGAUAGUACGGACGUCAUUGUUUUUUCAUUAGUAGUAAACCUAUUUAAUUAUUUUGGUAAUCCUUAGAUUAUUUUAGCUGCAAGAUUGUUUUAGCUACAAGGACUUGUCCUCGUCAGUCGUAUUGUACACAACAAGCAGCCAAAUCAAGUAUAUACUUAACACCCUCAAAGGUCUGCAUACGACUUACCUUCAUAUCUGCCAUGAAAGUACGACCAUGUAAUUAGAAUCUGACAUGCCAAUUUUAAUUUUCCAUAAGGGUCUUUCAGGACUACUUCAAAAAGAGCUACGAUAGUUUUCUAUCGUAGCUCUUUUAUUACGAUUUCAAUUUUUUGAAGGACAUUUAAAUUACCGAUCUCAAUCUAUAAUCUGUGGGAAAAGAUCGGUUUUUGACAUUAGUAAGUAUGUAUUUGAUAGGAGUUCCUGUCAAAAACCGAGAUCGAUCCAGAGAAUUUUAGUCAUUAGUUGUGUGUGGAUGGAUUAAAAGCAGCUUAAAUAUCAUACAAAUUCAAUAACUAAAGGUCUACCUAAAAGAGGCAAUGUGUUGACUGCUAUCAACGAAAUUGGCGCUAGUAAAAUGUUUUGAAACAAAUUAAAGCCAUGCUCAGUUUUUAGAACAAUUUCUUAGCGGUCAGCGAAAAUAAAGUAGUUAAAUAAGAAAAUCUAAUAUUCAGCUAUAAAUUGGUGAGAUUUAUGAUAGUGUUCUACAAAGUUCCGGAUUUUUGACAGUAAGAUUUAAUUUAUAAUUCCAGAAAUUGAGACUAGAAAAUAUAAGUGGUACGCGGUUGACAGAGUUGUGCUGAAAUUCUUAUGAUCAAAAAAAGCUCAUGAAAUCAAGAGAAAGACCUUACAGUUAACACUGAAACAAAAUUUAUCUUCUUCGCUGAAACUAAAUUACGUUGAACAAAAAUUCACUUCCUGGCUAUACCAGUAUUGCCAAAAUAAUAUCUAAAACUAAAACUGGUUAUUUUUCAAGGAAGAUUUUGUCAAUGCCACGUCGAGCAAAGGUCUUUUAUAUUGGAGUAAAGUAUCAUUGGAUAAUAAAUAAAUAAAAAUAAAAUAGAACAAUACAAAACAGCGUGGGUUCGUUCGUCUUGGCUAACGUAAUGCGUUUCAUAGCUGAUAAACAAGCAUUGUUUUUGUUUACGAUAUUUUAGUCACAUGGAUGAGUAACACCUAGGUAGACUGUAUGAAAUAUAGACGUGAAUUAACCCAUUGCGAUCCACGAUUGAUACUACGACGUGAUGUUGUUUACAAUCUUACACUCGAGUAUCCACUUAUAUAGCUCUAAACAAAGCUACCUUUUAAGUUUCUGUUUCCGAUGAAUAUAUUUUGCAUUCAUUUACGUCUGAUGUAUAAAAAUCUGAAAUUCAUUCAUUCGUCUUUACUGUCUUUAUUUACAAAUCUAUUUUUAAUAGUAAGGCCAAGAAAAUUGCGGUCGUAUCCAAACUAGCUUUGUUAUGAGCAAGAUUUACCUCUCGCAGGUAUUAUGACGAUGAUGAACAAUUAUUUCAUAAGCCACUAGUUUAAUGUCAUAGACAUUCACAUACACCAGAGAUGAUAUAACACGCUCAUGAGACUAGCCAUCUCAUUGCUUUACCAUAUUGGGCAUGUCGUACAUGUCGACAACAUCCACAAUUAAUUUCCUUUUGCAGUGCGUGUUGGUAAACUUGGAGGUAAACUUACUUUCGUAACAGGCGAUGGUACGACAUCACGCCAUGUCGCGCGAUCGACCGACCCAGGGGGCCAAUUCUCGAUUUUCGCCAUUUAUCUCGAGUUCGACAUUGUAAGUCUAUCUCUAUGUCUAUCAAAAAUAUCUCUAUCUCUACCAAAAAAUGUCGAAUUGCACAGAAAUCCGUAUUCUCAGUCAAAAUAGAAACAAAUGUCACGAAAAUGUCGAGUCGAGUGAAGAUAAUGUUACCAUUAUGCAGAAUCGCACGUUCCAUUUUAGGUAGUUGUGAGUGAAUGAAUGAUUUUGUCAUAAAACGUUCACUAAACCUAAUUAUUUAAGUUAAAACGGAACGUUUAGUGCAAAAAUAUUCAAUUUGACAGGACAGUUCCAGUUGACUGUCUGUCAGUGUCACAAUUUGGAUCUGUAAGCGGUUGUUUCAAAACUUUUAUAUGUUCAUCAUCACUCACUAGUGGGCUAUUCUGUUGGACAUUUUUAUAAUUUUCGUUUUAACUCGUCGAGUACCGGUUUUGCAGACACAAUUAUAGAACAAUAGGUUGCGGUCACCGGUGACCGCUUGGUAUUUGACAGUUUAAUAUGCAGGGAGAGAAAAAAUACCCUAGUGCCCAACAAAAACUAUUACUAGUCCAACUUGUGGAAGCAGACCCGGAAUUAAGAGGAGGUAAAUUCUCCUCUAACUUUUCAAAAAAGGAAGCAGAAAGAAGAUGGCAAGCCAUCGCUCAGCAGUUGAAUGCUGUGGCCGGAGCCAAAAAAUCUUGGGAUGGUUGGCGAAAAAGUUGGCAAGAUAAAAAAUCAAAAACAAAAAAUAAAGUAGCAACAAUCAGAAGGCAAUCGAUGUUGACUGGAGGAGGUCCACCACCAGAACAGUUGACUGAAGAGGACCAAUUGGUGCUUGGCACAUUUAGUUCUGCUGCCGUUGUCGGCCACAUAGAUUCCAAUGAAUCGAUCGUGGAAUUUAUUGAUUUAGCCACACCAGGUACCUCAGAAGUUAGCAUGUGUAUGGCACCUGGAGAGACCUCUGGAUCUCAAGAUGUCCUGCAAUGUGAGAAUAUACCAGGCCCCUCACAAUCCAUUAUGGGUGCAGCUGCUCCUCGUGGGAUUUCUGGAUCUCGAGAUUUGAUACAAUGUGACAAUCGGCCAGGCACCUCACAAUCCAGUGUGGGUGCAGCUGCUCUUCGAGGGACCUCUGGAGCUCGAGGAAAACAAAAAAAAAAAACGAAUGCUGCCCGACGUCAGCAGGCUUCUAUUGAUGUUGCAGAUAAAAUAAGUGCUGCGAUGGAAAAAAAAAAUGAGAUUAAACAAAAAUUUUAUACUGAUUUUCUUAAAUUAAUGGCCCAGCAAACUGAGGCUUUGGCUAGCAUAGCCAGAUCUAUGCAUGUAAGAUCAUCACCCUAUAUAUAAAUGAAUAAUAAUUCUUAUAAGGGUGAUGAUUUUAUCUGCAUAGACCAAUAAUCAAAAGACAAUUAUUGAUUUAAUAAUAAAAGACUGAUUUUACCUAGUCUGAUUAAUGUACACAAAUUAUUGUUUAUUAUUUACAUAAUUCUGCCAUAUUGAUUGUUAUGUAGUUGUAAAGUUUAUUUCUAAGAUUAUUAUUAUUACUGCACUGUGAUUUUAUAAUUAGUCUGUUUAAAAGUCUGCCUCUACAUUAUGUACAUGUACACAAAUUAUUGUUUAUUAUUUACAUAAUUCUGCCAUAU